UGUUAAAUUAACCGUAACUUGAAAAUGCGCCGUCCCUUAUCUUUUUGCUCCAGGCACACUGUUUUAGAGCCAAGAAAACAAGAGAGGAAUGGAACUUGACAGCUUCAUUAUUGCCAGGCAAUAAACGGUUGAUGACAUUGACGAUAAAGCAGACGACUUCAACAGAGAUCGAUUCAAAAUUGUUGCGCGAUAUUAUCGACGUGUUGGUCCCUGGGAGAGGAAUUUGUUUCAAGUUUAAAACGGCAAUGGGUUUUUGUUUAUUUAUUUAAGUGACGGUGUUUCUACGAUGAAUGCAAUACUAAAUGUUGACUUUACUUCUUAAAUUCAAAGGACGUCUUUAGAGCACAUCUUUUUUUAACAAAAAAGUGAAUUUCUAAACUAAAAAGUGCCCAGAUGGUCAGUCAUAAUACUGAGAAAACAAAAUAUUUUAUCACAAACAUGUUUACUAUCUUUACAUAAGGAGCUCUAUGUUGGCAUGAAUGGCGGCUAAAUACAGGUGUGAAUAUUUACACCUGCCAAUACGGAGAGAUAAAAGCUGGUGACAACACUUUAAACAGAUCCAGUUAUUUGGCAACCGUCAAGUAACAUGAGGGAAAUAAGUAAUCUAAGCUUGUUCUCUCUGACAUUUUGCUUUCUGGCAUUUGCCCCGGCUUGGGCAACGGGAGGUCCUUUCGGUCCCGUCUACCCCGUGACGGCAUCUUGGUUUGCGAACAGAUAUAGUUUAACAGAAUGGGACAAGGCUCUUGGCGAGUUCAAAGCCAUAGGGGGCGACACCGUACUGACGGUUGGAGCGAUGUACAACAACAGGACAAAAUCUAGCAUUUUGCAAGAUAAAGCAUUUUCUGGAUGCGUUGCCAAUGGCGUUCACUGUGCCGAAGACGCGGAACAGGAAUUAAACAAGGCAGGGUUGAAGAUCGUAUCUUGGGUCACCUAUGAAAACAGUGAAAACUACGGAUCUAAGAUACUGGCCUGUCCUCUGGAUAAGAAGAUAAGGAUGACGUCACCGGACGUGACGUAUUAUCGUGUUAUUCUUCACACUAGCAUUGGCUAUGACAGGCCAUCUUGCGAGUUUAAACCAGGCACCAACGUCACAGUACUGUUCACGGCAUUCACUGGAGCGGAUCCUCAUUCCCUCCUCCUUCAAAGUGCUUCCUCAAAAAACAUAAGCAUCUUCCUCGGCCUUCCUCGACUUCCUCGGGUUCCUGAGAGCGACGUGGGUUUCCAGAUGAUUCUGUCUUACUCGGAGUGGGUUUACCGCGCCCUGGUUGAUCACAAGGACAGGUACGGUGCCAAAUUUUCCAGCACCCUCAUUGGGUACUUCAGCGGAGAUGCCUACGAUCUUGGAGAUCUGACCAAAACGUCCAAGGGUGCAGUUGGGUCAUCUUCAGAGGGUGGCCAGACUCCCACGGCUGUUAUCGCCAUCUACCGGGAAGUCACAGCCCUAGUACAUUACAAUGGUAAAGCGUUUGCGACGGCGCCCUCUAUCGACCUUAGGAAGUCUCACAAACGCGCCUUGACUGAUUACACCAGGGGGAUGAUGCUGUUGGCCUUUUUGGGGGUUGAUGUCAUUGCCGUCCAAGAGGGUCGGGGCCUAGCGUACCUUUUGGCAUUACAUGGUACUACCAUCUUUUACUCCUCUUUAAAGCCAUCUUGCGAGUUUAAACCAGGCACCAACGUCACAGUACUGUUCACGGCAUUCACUGGAGCGGAUCCUCAUUCCCUCCUCCUUCAAAGUGCUUCCUCAAAAAACAUAAGCAUCUACCUCGGCCUUCCUCGACUUCCUCGGGUUCCUGAGAGCGACGUGGGUUUCCAGAUGAUUCUGUCUUACUCGGAGUGGGUUUACCGCGCCCUAGUUGAUCACAAGGACAGGUACGGUGCCAAAUAUUCCAGCACCCUCAUUGGGUACUUCAGCGGAGAUGCCUACGAUCUUGGAGAUCUGACCAAAACGUCCAAGGGUGCAGUUGGGUCAUCUUCAGAGGGUGGCCAGACUCCCACGGCUGUUAUCGCCAUCUACCGGGAAGUCACAGCCCUAGUACAUUACAAUGGUAAAGCGUUUGCGACGGCGCCCUCUAUCGACCUAAGGAAGUCUCACAAACGCGCCUUGACUGAUUACACCAGGGGGAUGAUGCUGUUGGCCUUUUUGGGGGUUGAUGUCAUUGCCGUCCAAGAGGGUCGGGGCCUAGGUAAAUCAUCGUACUACGGCGUAAAUGAAACAAGAGUACCAAUCAAAAACGGAGACCCAACGCUGUUCCAAAUUCUCAAGAAGAACAAUCCGCUUUUGCCAGAGACCGUUACAUUUGGCGAUGUCUAUAUUAAAAAUACUCAAACGCUGUUUCAAUUACUGUCAGCUUCUCGUGAGAAAAAUCAAGUCCAGUCUGAACUGUGGCUUGUGGUGCAGGCAUUUGACGACCUGGGUGGGGGCUGCCCCAUCGACGUGAACUUCUCAGGAUCAGAUAUCCCCUCCAAGGCUGUGCCAGUGGACAAGUCCCGUGUGGACUGGGCCAUUUCUUCGGCCGGGGCCAGUGUCCAGAAAAUAGCCGUCAUCGCCUGGGACGAUCUGUACACCUACACUGACAAAGAACACAGCAAGAGUCUUUCACAGCAAAUCAAGGAGGAUUUGAAGAGACCUAUUCUCUCCUACUGCAAUUUCCACAACAGCCGAAACCUAUCAGUAGUUGUGAUAGGGUACAAUCUAGAGGGCAUGACGCAGCCUUUUGAGCUUCGCUACUUGGAUUCCGACGGUAGCCCACGAAAGAGUGACAUCGGCGGAUAUUACUUCUGGUUGGACUAUGGUGUAAGACGCCACCUGGUGCCAUCUCUACAAUAUAUUAUGUUAUGGGACUGGCUGCCGCUACGCGACAUGGCGGCGCGUGGCUAUAUUUACGUCAUUCCUUACGGAGCCUAUCAUGGCUGCAUCUUUGAAUAUGAUUUUAACGUCUAAAAGGGACACGUCCAAAAAUUCUUUGAGAAUGAUCUCUUUACAUACGUUAUUGCUUGAAAUACUGUAUAAAACUAUAGUUUGGAUAUGAUUAAAAAGCACGGCGGAAAUCUGCACGUUGAGAAAAAAAUUAAGAAAUUUCUUUGCACCGCUUGCUCAAGUCGUUUGGAGUGAAAAUAUUUUGUAAAUUUUAACAACUGCGAAGUCAAGAACGUUUUUCACUAAAUACGAGUUGUUUCGUACCUUAUCUGUACUCUUGUUAGA